AUGGCGACCAGCGACGACGGCGAGGGCGGCCCUCGACAGCGGCGGCGCCGGCGACUGCGGCGGCGGCGGCCCGCCGUGGCCUGCGCCGCCGCCGCUGCCGAGGGCCGAGGGCCAGGGCUCGAGCUCGAGGGCGGAGGGCUGCGGCCGGGCCGAGGGCCAGCGCUCGAGGGCCCGGGGCCAGAGGGCUGCCUCGCCGCCGCCCUCGGCGCCUGCGCCCGCGCCGCGCGGGCCGAGCAGGCGCUGGCGCUGCUGGCGGUGCUGCGCGCCGCGCGGCUCGGGCCCAUCGCCGAGGCCAUCGCCGGGGCGCGCGGCUCGUUCCUCAUGUACGGCUGCGGCGCCGGCGCCGCCCGGGGCGUGCGGGCGCUGCUGGGGCGCCUGGGCGAUGGCGACCGACUCUACUUCGGGGGGGCGGGGCGGCGGGGCGCCCGCCCGCCCGCGGGCUCUCCAGCGGUCGCGAGGCAGCUGUUCGAGGCUCGAGGGGGCUGGAGGCUCGCGAAGCUCGCGAGGCUUGAGGCUCUCGAGGCCGACAGCGGGGCAGAAGAGCUCCGCACCCAGCGCCUCGACACGCUGGAGGUCCCGGACCCCCGGCUGCGGGUGUGCCGCACACGGCUGGGCCGGCUCGCGUCGGCCGCGCCCGCGGGCGCGGUGCUGGCUGGGGCCGUCGUGGACCUCAGCGCCAGCUCUCUGCCGCCGCACGCCGCCAGCUGGCUCGCGCGGGCGCCAGUGCGGGAGCUCGCUGAGGGCCUCCGCCGCAGCGCGGAGACCGACGACCCGCUGCUGUGGGAGCGGCUGGCGGCCUUCGUCGGCGCCGUACGGCGCGAGCGCGAGCUGAAGUCGAACCGCGACGUGGCCCAGUGCGUGGAGGCCGCCAUCCGGCGCCUCGCAGACCCCGCGGGCCCGCUGCUGAGCCAGGCGCUGGACGCGCUGCGCACGCACCUGAGCGAGGAAGAGGACAUGCUGGCCGAGGGGCUGGCCAGCAUCUUCGGCCGCCUGCAGAUCGGGGCUCGCUGCGCCGUGGUCUGCCACCGGCUCCCGCUGCACGCGGCCGUGCGCCGCUUCGUGCGGGGCAUGGAGGACUGCGACCCCGCGCUCGUGGCGGACUGGCCGCCCGGAAAGGCCCUCGCGCUGUUCCCGCUGCUCGGCAGGCGCGGACAGGACUGGUGCGUGCGCGAGGUGGCGGGGUCGGCGGCCCUGGACCUGCUGCCCAGCCUCUCUAAGAAGGCCUGCCGCGCCCACCUGCUGGAGAAGCGGCGGCGGCGGCCCGGCGACUGGGGGCCAGCGCCCGCGGGGCCGCCGCCGGUGCUCUUCAGGCGCCCGCCGCCGGCCGACUUCGGGGGCGCC